AGAAUCGAGAAUACGUGGCUCAUGCCGGAGCCCGAUUCCCCAUUAAGUGGACGGCCCCCGAAGCAGCAAACUACUCGCGUUUCACUAGUAAAUCGGAUGUUUGGUCAUUUGGCAUCCUGCUGACCGAAAUCGUCACUUACGGUCGCUCUCCGUAUCCCGGAAUGCACAAUGCGGAGGUGCUACGGCAAGUGGAAGCUGGUUAUCGUAUGUCCAGGCCGGCAGAUUGCCCUCCCGAGUUGUACGACUUGAUGCUGGAAUGUUGGGCUGCUGAUGAAAAUAAACGGCCUCAUUUUGUCGACAUCCAACGACGCUUGGAUGAAUUUUGCGAACACGACCGAUCUUCGUAUCGGAGCAUGGCAGACAGUGAGCAGUUCGCAACCUCCCGCACCACCGUUAUCCGUCCGACCGGCCCUGCUUCGAACGGAAGGCCUACUUCACCCAAAGCCUUUCCCGGGAGUAUUCAAAUCCCAGUCUCGCCUUAAUCCCACAAGCGAACGCGUGUUAUCUCACUUUCCGUGUGCCACUGUGGCUGAUAUGCAGGUUACUCCGUCGAAAUGAUAACUCUUUGACUGCAUGUCUUCCUAUACCCGCGCCACGACGAUUGCUCUAUUCAGCCACAAUAAUUUCUCCAGUCUCAUGCCACUUCUCUAAUUCGUCCGACAAUUGACGGGGGUCUUCCGAUCCUGCUGUAUAUGCAUCACAUUCUCCAUACUUUGCUCUUUCUACGUUUGUCGGAUUUCAACCUGUUGCACAUUCUCCCUUCCCAAUUCCCUAUUGUCAUUGCACACCACCCGGUGUUUUGUGCACGCUGGCCACUUGAAUUUGUCCAACUAUCCUACAUUGACGACCAAUCGAGUUCUUCUUGUGUCUAGCCUUGCACUCUCCGCUUUGUUUCUCUCUCAACUCCCAUUAUUAUCGUUCCCGUUGCCUUAAUUUCUGAUCAUGGUCAUGCCUGGAGUCGCUUCCCCUUUUUUAAACUUCAUAUCUCCUACAAAGAUGAAUGAGUAAGCUCCAUCAGUGAGUCCGUCUUGCGGUUACACCUGGCACUUUGCUUACCGAACAUGUAAUGAUACUUCCCCUCGUGCUCCUUUCACUGCAAGUUGGAUGGGGUGGAUUUCGGACCGCGUUCAGGUGCUUGCCAGAAUGCUGUAUCGGCACCUUCCUUAUCCACCACCACUGUCCAAUUAUACUCCUCACGCGAAAUCUCGGCCGCUCAGGUGGUGUCUUAUUCCUCUUGAUCCUCUUUACCGGUCUGCACUAAAUCGAUAGACGUACUUGUCGUUUCCCCUGCAAAAAUAGUAUCUGGUGACUAAUUACUGUCGGACACCCUCCGCUUUCGCUAACCUCACUGGGCAAUCAGCCAUAAUAUACAUUUUGGAUCGUGCCUCGGCCUAACUCAUCAAACGCUCACUGAUGCACUCCCACCAUCUCAGUUCAACUCUUCACUACAAUCCUAUAGUCGUAACAUGCCUGAAAAUAAA